CCGAGAUUUCGCGAGAGGACAGCCCCUGCCGUCGCUGUGGAGACGAAGCUCCUCGCUGCACCGGGGAGGCUCGGAUGGCGAGCCGCCGCCGCCGUCGGCGCUUAGCCGGCCCGAAGCGGCUCCAAAACGGGGCACCUCGACGAGAAACGCCGCCUCCGCCGGAGCUCCCAGCUGAGCCGGCCACGCUGACGGUCGCCAAAACCCGCAAAGGCCGCGCGGUGGUGCUGCUCCCUGCGGAGCAAAAUCUGACCUUCACGGGCAAAUGCCGCCUGACAUGCCUGCAUGGAUCCGUGCAGGUUUUGGGGUUCACCAUCGCUGCAGGCCAGCCCCCUUACGACCUCUACUCCCCUCACACCUACUGCGCCCUCACCAUCGAAGCUGCCGCUGGCAUCCAGGACCCGGAAAAGUCCGAGAAGGAGGUGAAACUGGAGGCCAAGGCCCUCCUGCGAGCACACUUUGUACCCCAGGAGGCCAGGGGACGGCUGCUCAGAAGCUUUCGUCCGGGCUGCUCCAUUUUUUUGCUGGAACCGCUGGAGACGGCGGAGACCAAGUUCAUUCUCAGCCACUCGGAGUUCGCCCAGAUCUUCAGAGCGAAAGUGAGUCCCGUGGCUGCCUAAAGCAGCAUUUGGCCCUUAGCAGCCCACCAUUGAAACCAUCGCCGGGUUUUUUUAGCGAUUUUCGAAUGGUCGCUUGAAACGAAGACCACUGAACAAUUUAAAGAAGCUUCUUGGAUGGGAGGCAAGGCGUUUUCUAAAAAGGAGAAGAAGAAAGUUCAGUUGCCUUUUGGGAAGAAAACACCUUUGGUUUUUAUAUAUGCGGCUGUGGAAAUUGAUAAAUAAAUGAAUGGAGAAAGGGAGAGGAAAGAAAGAAAGGAAAGAGAGA